AUGCUGGUGGUGGUGGUGGCCCAUGGACCCUUCAUUGUGGGGCCAGGACCAGUUGGUUUUGCCUCUGCUGAUGUUCUAGCCGCUAGCCAGGUUGUCCUUGGACAGAAUAGCCGCAGCCUUAAGGAUCACUGGCCAGUGGCAAUGGACCCACUCUGCCGUCCUGACCAGGAGCCCCUCCACGAACUGCUCAAAGUGGACAAGGAGAGCUCAGAGGUUCCCAGUGAUCAGUCUACCCUACAACACCAAACCCUGGACUCCAUAUUCGUGGUCUUUCUCAGCUCCCAGUCAUCAAGUCUGAGAGAGCUGGACCUGAGUAACAAUAACCUGAAGGAUCCAGGAGUGAAGCUUCUAGCUGCAGAACUGAAGAUUCCACAUUGUACACUGGAAACUCUGAGAAUUAGUGGUUGUAACCUCUCAGAGAGAAGCUGUGAAGCUCUUUCCUCAGUUCUCAGCUCCAAGUCCUCUAGUCUGAGAGAGCUGGACCUAAGUAACAAUGACCUGAAGGAUCCAGGAGUGACACUUCUGUCUGCUGAACUGAAGAUUCCACAUUGUAAACUAGAAACUUUGAGACUGGGUGGCUGUAACCUCUCACAGAGAAGCUGUGAAGCUCUGUCCAUAGUUUUCAGCUCCCAAUCGUCUAGCCUAAGAGAGCUGGAUCUGAGUGACAAUGACCUGCAGGAUCCAGGAGUCAAGUUUCUAUCUGCAGAACUGCAACAUCCACAUUGUACACUGGAAACUCUGAGACUGAGUGGCUGUAACCUCUCAAACAGAGGCUGUGAAGCUCUUUCCUCAGUUCUCAGCUCCCAGUCCUGUAGUCUGAGACACGUAGACCUGAGUAAUAAUGACCUGAAAGAUUCAGGAGUGAAGCUUCUGUCUGCAGAACUGAAGAGUCCACAAUGUACACUGGAAACUCUAAUAUUGAGCCUCUGCAACCUUUCAGAGAGAAGCUGUAAAGAUCUGUCCUCAGUUCUCAGUCUGAGAGAGCUGGACCUGAGUAACUCUGACCUGCAGGAUUCAGGAGUGAAAAUUCUGUCUGUUGGACUGAAGAAUCCACAGUGCAAACUGGAAACUCUCAGACUGUCAGGCUGUCUGAUCACGGAGGUAGGUUGUACUUGUCUGGUCUCAGCUCUGAGAUCCAACCCCUCGCAUCUGAGGGAGCUGGACCUCAGCUACAAUCAUCCAGGAGACUCAGGAAUGAAGCUGCUGUCGGCUGGACUGAAAGAUCCACGCUGGAGACUGGACACUCUCAGGUAUGGAGAGAAUGUCUGA